GCUAGUUGCUACGGUUCAUCAUCAAUCGUCGUCAUGGAUCUGGAUCCUAACGGCCUGAAACCCUGAAUCCACAUCAUUCUAUAGUCGCCGUCAGAUCUCCUGCCCGUUUUCGCUCACGGGACAAAAUAAAUUCCCCACCCUGACGAGAAAUUUGCCAUGAGAGAGAGAAAGGCGCGUUCCGGGGACCAGACGGACCAGGCUGACUGCGGCGCGCCAGUGCGACCGACCGCACCAGCCGCGCGCGCGCGCGGGGCACGUGAGAUCCACCCGCGCGCGCCCACUCCUCCCCAACGGCUAUAUUCUCUUCCCCCACUAAAUCCCGCGCUUAAAAUCCCCCGCUUCGCCCUCGCCUCCUCGUCUCCCGCUCUUCCCCCCCAUUCACCAACGCCGACGCGAACUCCUCUCGAUCUCUUGUGCUAUGGCGGCGACGGCGCCUACGCCUGCGCCUGCGCCGCGGUCGGAGGGCGGCGGGGCGGUGUCCGUGCAGCACGUGGCGAGGGCGUCGUCGGACGAGCUCCUGCGCAAGUUCGCCGACCCGGACGCGCACGCGAAGCAGAUCGCGCCGCCGCGCCGCAGCCUGGCGCUGCGGCGGAAGCGGUCGUCCCGGCGGGUGGCGUCGGGGCUCUCCGCGAGGGACUCGGAGAGCGAGCUCGCGGCGCCCAAGCGGAGGCGGAGUGUCGGCGGGUCCACCGAGUGGAAGGCCGGGCUGCUGCUGCCAACCACCACGGCCUCCGCGCGGAAGGCCGCCGCGAGCCACUCCCGCCGGGGCGCGAGGCUCGACGACGCCGCGGGGAUCGGCAUCCUCCUCUCCGCGUUGGAGCGGACAUGGAGGAAGACGGUGGCGGGGGCGUCGAAGAUGUUCGUGGAGAGGCACCGCACCGACCACGUGCUGCUCAUCAGCGACAUGGUCUGAACUCUCAACUGGAGCCCCGUCGUAGCAGGUGGCCGAGCUGUCAUCAUCGAGCUCUUCUGCUCGGGUUGGUGUUCUUCGAAUUGAAUUCGUUUGACUGAUUCGUUCUGCAAUUUAGCUGAAUAAAGUGGCAGAAAAAAAAAAGAACAAGGCGAAUUGAACUAGCUGUGUAGUUCUAGGUCGCGUAGGUUCUUUGAUUUCUGCCAAAGUGUGUGCUUGCUUUCAUUCAUUCGUUGUUUCUUUACUCCUACGAAUCAUCGUCUCGGCGACCACGUUGUAAAUUCAAGUUUGCAAUAUGAUUACCAUUGCUAUGCUGUGCGAAAAUGAUCCCCUUUUACUUCUGAGCCUACUGCA